AUCGAACACAAGUUGGUUUGCUAAAAUAAAUGUGCGGUCUAACUCACUUCUGUGACCAUGAACAGGUCUAGAAAAUGGAAUGUUAAGAUUUGAAAGGAUAACUCAAAAACACAGCUGAAACCCGUGCUGUGUUUGAGAAAUAUAAGCCCACUCAUGUUAUACAUCUGGCAGCUAUGGUGGGAGGCCUUUUCAGAAAUCUGAAAUACAACUGCGAUUUCCUACAAUUCAAUCAGCUGAUUAACAUCAAUGUAUUGGAAUCAUGCAAGGAUUUCAAAGUACAGAAAGUAGUUUCCUGUCUUUCAACUUGCAUCUUCCCAGGCAAAACUACGUACCCCAUUGAUGAAACAAUGAUCCAUAAUGGACCUCCACAUCAAUCUAACUCUGGGUAUAGUUACGCUAAGAGGAUGACUGAUGUAAUGAACCAAGCAUAUCAUCAACAGUAUGGUUGUAAUUUCACGACAGUUAUACCAACAAAUGUCUAUGGACCACAUGACAACUUCAGCUUGGAGGAUGGCAAUGUAUUACCAGCACAGAUAAACAAGGUUUACAUGGCCAAGAAAAAUGGGACACCAUUUACUAUAUGGGGAACUGGAAAACCUCUUCGGCAGUUUAUUUACUCCAUAGAUCUAGCCAAGCUUAUGAUCUGGGCAUUACGUGACUAUAAUGAAAUCAGCCCAAUCAUCCUCUCAGUUGAUGAAGCAGAUGAAGUGUCUAUCAAGGAGGUAGUUGAGAUGGUUAUUGAUGCCUCUGAGUUCAAGGGAGAAGUGGUUUUCGACACCUCGAAGUCAGAUGGCCAGUUUAAGAAAACUGCAAGCAAUGCAAAACUCAGGAAAUAUCUCCCAGAUUACAAGUUCACACCCAUACAACAAGGUAUCAAGGAGACUGUAAACUGGUUUAUUGAAAACUAUGAGUCUGCAAGAAAAUAAAAUUCUUUGGAUUUUUUAUGUAGGUUGGCAGAUAAGAAAAUAAAUAUCUGCACGUCUUACAAAGGAAGAAGAUGGAAGAUAAGA